UCCAUCUGCGAAUCUGCCCAGAAAGUAGCGUACUCUUCAUCUCUCUCUCUCUCUAUAUAUACACAAACACACUACCCAAUUUCCCAUUACCCUCACCGAUCAUCCAACAGAAAGAAUUAAUGGUAAUGGGGAAUUACAGGGUAUGCUAUUGUUUUACCAGAAAGUUUAAAGUAACCGAAGCCGAACCGCCGUUAGACGUUAAAGAAUUGUUUAACAAGUACUCUAGUGACUCGAAUCACAUGACGGCGGAUCAGCUUCGGCGGUUUCUAGAGGAUGCAGAUGAACACACUGUCUCGGUUUCUGAUGUCGAGCUUAUUAUCGAGCGGUUACUUCACAAACGGCAUCAUCAUCUUGCAAAGUUGAUUAAUAGGAAAUCUUUGUCUUUAGAAGAUUUUCAUCAUUUUCUCUUCAGCACUGAGCUUAAUUCCCCUAUUAGAUCUCAGGUUCACCAAGAUAUGAGUGCACCACUGUCUCAUUAUUACAUAUACACGGGCCACAAUUCGUACUUGACGGGGAACCAGUUAAGUAGCAACUGCAGCGAGGUUCCGAUUAUUAAAGCACUUAAACUUGGCGUUCGGGUCAUAGAACUUGAUCUAUGGCCAAACUCGUCGAAAAGUAAUGUGCAUGUUCUUCAUGGAAGGACCUUGACAAGCCCAGUAAAACUCAUGGAGUGUUUAAAAGCAAUCAAAGAGUAUGCAUUUGUGGCUUCACCUUAUCCAGUCAUCAUAACACUAGAAGACCACCUUACACCCUGUCUUCAAGCAAAAGUAGCUCAAAUGAUCACCGAAACAUUUGGGUCAAUGCUAUUUUUCCCUGAAUCAGAAAACUUUGAAGAACUCCCAUCGCCUGAAAACUUAAAAUAUCGAAUAUUGAUUUCAACAAAACCUCCAAAAGAGUACCUUGAAACCGAAGAUGUUAGACGUUGUAGCUCACAAAAGAGCCAAGUUUCGGAUGUUGAUGAUGACGCUUGGAGUGAAGACAAAAGUUUUAAGUCAGGAAGUGAUAAGAGUGAACAUGAUGAGACAACAGAUUUGCUUAAGACAAAGAAAUCGCCUUCGUCUCCUGUUUACAAGCAGCUGAUUGCAAUUCAUGCCGGAAAACCCAAAAAGGGAUUAAAGGAUGCGCUUAAAGUUGAAAAGGAUAAAGUCAGGCGCUUAAGUUUGGCUGAACAAGCACUUGCAAAGGCUGCAGGAAAUCAUGGGCAGGAUGUAGUGAGAUUCACACAGAAGAACAUUCUUAGAAUUUAUCCCAAAGGAACGCGUAUUACCUCCUCUAAUUACAAACCGCUAAUGGGUUGGCUACAUGGAGCUCAGAUGGUUGCAUUUAACAUGCAGGGAUAUGGUAGAUCACUAUGGUUAAUGCAUGGAAUGUUCAGAGCUAAUGGGGGUUGUGGGUAUGUGAAAAAACCGGAUUUUUUAAUGAGAUGCGGGUCUAAGAAUGAGGUGUUUAACCCCAAAGCAAAGCUUCAACCCAAGACAUCAUUAAAAGUGAAAAUUUAUAUGGGAGAUGGAUGGCAUUUGGAUUUCAAGAAAACUCAUUUUGAUAAAUACUCUCCUCCUGAUUUCUUUACCAGGGUUGGUAUAGCUGGAGCAUCUGUUGAUAAAGUUAUGAAAAAGACCAAGAUUAAGGAGGACAACUGGACACCUGUUUGGAAUGAAGAGUUUACAUUUCCACUAGCAGUUCCUGAAUUAGCUUUACUUAGAAUUGAAGUGCAUAGCUACAACAUGUCCGAAAAACACGAUUUUGCUGGCCAAAUUUGUCUGCCUGUUUCAGAGUUGAGGCCUGGAAUCCGUGCGGUCCCACUCUGUAAUCGCAAAGGCGAUCAAUACACGUCAGCAAGGUUACUCAUGCGGUUUGAGUUCAUCUAAAAUACGCAUUGUUGUUAAUCUCGUUUUCUAGUUUAUACGCACUUAGACUAGUUCAUUGUUUUUAUAGAGUUUUGUUUAGCAUAGCAGGCUUGCUUGCUUGCUCUUGUUGUCUAUAGUUAUAAUCAUUUGUUGUAGGAAAGUGUUGUAAUAUUUUCAGUUGUGAAAUAAAAUAUAUGUACAUAUUUACAUUUAUGAAAGU